UUGUGCGCGGCGGCAGCUCCUCUCCUAGAUGAUGACUCCAAGAAAAGUUUAAAGUGUUCACCAAAAUGUAUAUCCUUAUAGGACUAUACGGGUGCUUAUUCCUGUUUGGAGUGUAUGGAAAUGGGACUAUUGCAUUAAGUUUAUUCAGAGGACCUGGCAUCCACCAACGAAAUCCGUUUGUGAUAGCCAUGGUCUUCGCAGAUUUAAUCGUAUGCAUCAUAAGUAUUCCAAUGACAGUAACAUCGUUGACAAUUACCUGGACAGUAACAGCACAGCCAAUCUUCAAUUUCCUUCAAACUGUAUUGGCGGAAUCAAUCCGGGAGCCGCAACCUGGGACAAGUAGGAGAGACGAUCCUGAGGAACCAGAAGAACUUUUCGAACCUGAAAACAGCACACUGCAGUGCCGACGACGACUCGCCCGAUAUCUUCUCUGGAUGUCAAUUUUCUUCGCCGUAUGUUGGAUACCGCAUGUCAUCUGUACCAUCUACGAAGAACUCUUCAAUCUUGAACCAUCUGAACUUCAAUGGUACAGUCUGUUCCUCGGACACUUUCACUCUGCCGUCAGCCCAACGAUCUACAGAUCACUUAACAUUCAAUGCCCCAGGCCUCCUACUUAUCGCACACCCAAUCCCCCAAGAAGCGACUCUUCCACCAACGAAGCGUAUCUUGGUCCAUUCCACCCAAGAUAUUUCCGACCGCCACCCCAGCGCCGUAACUCAUCUCUAUGCCUCUUCUAAACUUCGAUACCCAAUACCUCUUACAUACCCCUAACGCAACUUGUUUAUAAUCUCUCCCCUUAAAUGUGCAUAGUAUUAAAGAAGUCCUUCUGGGAGCGAUCCACCUACUGCAUCCACCAAUAUUAACAAGCAUCAAAGAAAAAAAAAGGAUACAUUGAAAUGUAGGUAAGUUAGGGUAAGUAGAAACGAAGGAAAUACGUCUAUAUCGUAUCUUUCACUGAAUUUGAAACCAAAAUGAAACAAAAUCAACGUCGAUAGAGCUGAAUACUAUUAUCGUCAUUAUCAAGUUGGGUGAGAC